AUGCGCAAGUCACAGGGUAUAUCAUUAGCCACAGCCAAUGAUCGACGACUUGGCUUGGACGCCUCGGAGACGUAUUCAACAUCGAGUUCCUCGCUGAACAGCUCUUUCAGUGAUGGCAGCGACCUGGUCAACUGGGAGGAGUACGUGGCCGAAGAUGGCAGUCUCUUCUAUGCCGAAUACCAAGUGUCCAGUGUCAAGCCAAAUGCGACUGAUCGACGUGGAGAAGUCUUGCGACGCUCACUGCGUCUGGGAAAGAAGACAACAAGACGACAACAACAACAACAGCAACAGCAACAGAAUAGAGGCCAACAGGGCAAACACAAUGGCAACCAAUACAUGAGCAGCAACAACAACGAAUCAGAGAGCAACAACACCAACAACGACAACAACAACGGGUUUAGAUUCGCAGACAUCAAGAAUUCACACGCAGACGGCGAGAAUCUGAAACAAUUGGAGUUGGUUAUAACGGCCACAGAUCGCUUCCGGUUUGGUAGACGCUCCACCGCAGUGGAGUCCAUACUGGGCUUCCGUGUGCUCCCCUAUCCGGAUCAGCCCGAGUGUCUGAUGGUGGACAGCUUUGUGCAUGACAUUAGCGUGAUGACGCACAGCAUCAAGCGGGGAGAUUGGUUCAAGUCCCUGAAUGGCAUCGAAUUGUAUGCCAGCAAUUUGGAUGAGCUGCUGCAGCAGUUCCUGGAACCGACCCAGGUUUGUCUGUGCUUUCAAGGCACCAGCACUGCCGAUCCCCCCACCUCGGGCACCCAUGAAUCUUUGGGCCAAUCGUCAAGUGGCAGCCAGGGGCAGCAAGUUAGCAAGUUGCUCAGCUUCGCCAUGUUUGCUGAGCAUUUUGAGCAGCUGUUGCCGCCGGCAAUCGUGAUCCCGGAUACCCUGACCCCAUUUGGAAUGCUCCUCCUGCCACCGGAGUGCUAUCAGCAUGACCAGCACAAGGACUCGCUCUAUUACUAUCCGGAGAGCCCUUUAACCAAUUUCCUGUACAAGGCUCGAGGCAGCUUCCUCACCCUCUCCUCAGUGCUCAAUGAGCUGCAGACUGAGCCGUUGACCUCGCGUCUCCUGGUGGAGCAGGUCCCCUACUUUGUCAAUUAUCGCCGGUUGAAUGGAUUCCUCGUGUUGUUCGCCUAUGCAGCGAGAUUGUACAGCUCCGCCGAAUGCAGCUUGAGAUCGGACGAGCUCAUUGGCUACAUUCGAUUCUCGCUGCCGGGUCUGAAUCUGGACAACUUCUCCAGCUCCAGCUCGAACGGAUUGCGCCUCUUCCUGCGUCACUUUUGUGGCAUUCAACGAUCGCGCCUCUUGGCCCAUCCUCGUGGAGAGGUGCAGUUCGAGCAGCUGCUUCAGCAGUCCCGGAAUCUUCCAUUGCCCAAGGAGGCGCAACUGCGCAUCUUUGACGCCCUCAGCGAAAUGGAGGCCAUGGAUUACCGCAACUGGAACGACGAGCCGUUGACCACACACCGGGAGUUCUUCAUCUAUGGCUGUGCUCUGUACUACGACAACUUCCUCCUGGCCAGCCUGCUGCCCGCCGAGGUGCGCUCCAAUGUGGAGCUCUUUCUACGCUGUCGCGGCAUCUUCGACUUCAUUGGAGCUGCUCCCAGUGUCCGGGUGCGUGAGAUGUACGUGUGGGAGGAGAUUGUCCUGGCCAAUGCCACCGGUCGCUACUUUCUCACCGUCUGCUCCCGCAGCCACUUGAUCCUCACCGUCAUCCUGAAGAUGUAUGUCGAUGCCCCCGAAAUGGAGGCAUAUGGCUCGGUGCCUCCUUCGUUGUUCUACAUCGAGGAGAUACAGGAGACAUUGGAUCAUCUUAUUCAGUGCGGUAUUGAAUCUCUGGCCAAGUUCUGGUCCAUAUCGAACAAAAGGCCCGAGGUAUUGGAUCAGCUCAAGAUCGAGCAAUCCGGCGACGAACAGGAAUCCAGCAGUAAGCUGGAAUCUUUCCUUAAGCCAAAAUCCAACGUCUCUCAUUCCGCCUCCACCAACGAUGACGAGGCCCAAUUGUGCUCAUCCCUGGGCGGAUCAUCGAUACACAGCCUGACGCCCAGUGAGGAUGACAUGUCCCGACGGCGUCUGACUCCUGCCGAAGACUCCGACAGUGGCUCGGACUGGGAAAACUUUGCCGAGCAGCAUCCUCUGCAUUACGGCCUCAAUCUGAAUGCAGAGACCCAAAGCCAGAUAACUACAUCCCUGUGGAAGGAAAUCAAUAAUGUGGUGCCAGUUAAAAUAUCCGCCGGCUGGAAGAAUUCCGUGAUCCACUACGUGUACGUGGACAUGGCCAACGGCGUCCUCCUGUGUCCAUUUACCGCCACUCCGGAGAGUUUUCCAUACUUAUCCGAGAUGCGUAGAGCAUGUCAUAUGAUCCACCUGGUAUUGGAUCGCUCCAAGCAUCAUCGGCGACAACUGGCUGAAUCUUCUAGCGCCAUUGGACAUGGCAGCCACGACAUCACUAUGGUUAAGGAGCAUGGCAUUACCAUGGAAGUGGCAAAUGCCUCCAAGGAUCAGGCAGGUAUCCAAUUUGUGGUUGUCGGACGACUCUUCCAAUCUCCAACGAAGGAAGUAUUUGUGUGCCACCGUCCCGAGGUGCCACAAAAUAUGGUCGAAAUGGCAUUUAGACUGUCAUUCUUCUCAUUGGGAUAAAAACUGCAAUACGAGUACUUACCAUUAACCAAUUAGAUAGAUUAUUAAAUAUAAUAAAGUUUUAUCAAUUAUUUC